UUUCAGACUGUAUAGGCAACGAUGACUGGAUUUGUUAAACUACUGACCGAAAAAGCAAAAAUAGCUAUGAGACAUCUAAAAGAGUGCGAUUUAGAUGCACCAUGCUUCUGCAGUCACCAUCCAGCCGAGACAUACGUCUUUCCUGAUCAGUACACUCUCAACAAACUGAUGAACGGUGAAGCUCCGCCAGGUCCCAUACCACGAAAUAAAUUGAACGACUGGGUUGGAGUUCCUCCGGUAUGCCCGGAAAACGAUGAUGGUGCUAUUAUAGAAUUUUCGGUUGCAAUGGAAACCUGUAGAUAUGAUUACAUGACCAUCAAGUAUUGGCUCGACUACCAGAGAAUUUCCAUUGCCGCAAUGAAAGUGUACGAUAGAAUGAAACGAGAAAAAUAUAAUCGACCAUGUAACGUAGUAAUACGGUUCAUUUGCCGGGCUAUCAGAUUACUCUUUGGAAUCGAGAACAAGAAGCGCUUUGAUGGAGCUCCAUUAAUUCGAAAGGAAAUCUAAACGAUCAUUUAAACACAUUUCAACACAUUACUGUGUUAGUUCUAUAAUUCAAUGCUCCGAACAUUGUUUUUUUACAAAUAAAAUAUUUUGUAAAUU